UAGAGCUAAAUACAAGAGCUGGAAGAACACAGGGCUUGAGAUUCAUCCCUAUCUGUCUCUUGGUUCUGGCUUCUCGCUCUGCUUCUCUGGUGUCACAGUGUUACGAGCCAGCUCACUGACAGGGGUAAACAAAAAAAUCCUCAGCAUCUUUGUUCACAGAAUUGGCCCAAAGAUCACUCAUUGUCAAGGAGACGGUGGGUGCUGACGAUUGCUUGGAAGGCCUCUCCUUCACCCACCACAACCCAUCUGGCAGCAUGGAGGGCCGGCACCCAAUCCCAACCAGGACACAUCUCUGAAUUUCAGCGCAAAUGGCUGGGAACAGUUCAGAACGAGGUGCAUCGUGUCUCACAAGGCUUUCCCCAGUGGUCUGGCAUUUCCCUCACUCAAGCCUAAAAGGAUGGUCAGGUGGCAACCAAGGCUGUCAACAGGACAUCAAAGGCCAGUACUGGACCGAUGAGGAUUCUGAUGGAGACAAUGACUCUGACGAAUUUCUGUAUGGCGUGCAGGGUAGCUGUGCAGCUGAUCUAUACCGGCACCCACAGCUCGAUGCAGACAUCGAAGCAGUCAAGGAAAUUUAUGGAGAAAAUUCCGUCUCUGUCAGAGAAUAUGGAACAAUUGAUGAUGUGGAUGUGGAUCUCCAUAUUAAUAUGAGUUUUCUUGAUGAGGAGAUUGCAACAGCCUGGAAGGUGGUGAGGAUAGAGCCCAUUAUACUCAGACUCAGAUUCUCAUUGUCACAAUACCUGGAUGGACCUGAGCCAUCAGUAGAUGUCUUUCAACCAUCCAACAAAGAAGGAUUUGGUCUCGGCCUCCAACUGAAGAAGAUUCUGGGAAUGUUUACUUCUCAGCAGUGGAAGCACCUGAGCAAUGACUUCCUGAAACACCAGCAGGAGAAGAGGCAGAGUUGGUUCAAAUCCAGUGGUGCAGUGAAGAAAUUCCGAUCAGGGCUCAGCAUCUUCUCUCCCAUUCCAAAAUCUCCGAGCUUUCCCCUCAUCCAGGACUCUGUAUUAAAGAGCAAACUUGGGGUUCCAGAUCUCCGAGUCAAUCGCAUCAUCAACCGCUCCAUCUCUUGCACUAUGAAAACCCCUAAGCCAGAGCUCUUUGGGUACCCCACCGCCAAUCAGGCUGGGAGUCACUGUAAGAACAUUCCAACAUUAGAAUAUGGGUUCCUUGUACAGACAAUGAAAUAUGCAGAGCAAAGGAUCCCCACACUGAAUGAAUACUGUGUUGUGUGUGAUGAACAACAUGUCUUCCAGAAUGGCUCCAUGCUGAAGCCUGCUGUCUGUACACGGGAGCUCUGCGUUUUCUCAUUCUACACACUGGGGGUGAUGUCUGGAGCAGCAGAAGAGGUGGCCACUGGAGCAGAGGUGGUGGACCUACUGGUGGCAAUGUGCCGAGCUGCUCUGGAGUCACCGAGAAAAAGCAUCAUUUUUGAGCCUUACCCUUCCGUUGUGGACCCAAGUGAUCCCAAGACACUUGCUUUCAAUCCUAAGAAGAAGAAUUAUGAGCGACUACAAAAAGCCCUUGACAGUGUAAUGUCAAUCAGAGAAAUGACACAGGGAUCAUACCUGGAAAUCAAAAAACAGAUGGACAAGCUGGACCCUCUGGCUCACCCAUUGUUGCAGUGGAUUAUCUCAAGUAACAGAUCACACAUCGUGAAACUUCCACUCAGUAGACAGUUGAAAUUCAUGCACACAUCACAUCAGUUCCUUCUACUGAGCAGCCCGCCGGCCAAGGAAGCCAGGUUCCGCACGGCCAAGAAGCUCUAUGGCAGCACAUUCGCCUUUCAUGGUUCGCACAUUGAGAACUGGCAUUCCAUUCUGAGAAAUGGCCUGGUCAAUGCAUCAUACACUAAACUACAAUUCAAGUAUUUGCUCAUCUAUAGUCAUAACGAUCACACUGCUGUCUCUUACAAGCUGCACGGUGCAGCCUAUGGCAAAGGAAUCUAUCUCAGCCCAAUCUCCAGCAUCUCUUUCGGUUACUCAGGAAUGGGCAAAGGGCAGCACCGCAUGCCAUCCAAGGAUGAACUGGUUCUGCGCUACAACCGGAUGAACACGAUCCCCCAGACGAGACCCAUUCAGUCCAGAUUCUUGCAGAGUAGAAACUUGAAUUGUAUAGCACUUUGUGAAGUUAUAACUUCAAAAGACCUCCAGAAACAUGGGAACAUUUGGGUCUGCCCUGUCUCGGAUCAUGUCUGCACUCGUUUCUUUUUUGUGUAUGAAGAUGGACAAGUUGGAGAUGCCAACAUCAAUACUCAGGACCCCAAAAUCCAGAAGGAAAUUAUGCGUGUUAUUGGCACUCAGGUUUAAACUAGCCAAACUCAGCAAAACGCUGGUAAAUCAUUCAAAAGGAUUCUCCUCACAGACUUGAGAGCCACCUUAACCAUUCCCAAUCUUCUUGCCCUGGCUUUUGCAAGGAUUCUUUUAAAUUUUUUUGGCGGGAGAGGUUUCUAAAGCCAAAACAGGAGAAAAAUCAAGCUUAGUUUAUCCCCAAUGAUGCAUCAGUGCUGUAAUGGUGUUAUGAUAUAUGUAUAUAUAUUUAAAUAUAUAUAUAGAAUGUG